AAUGCGCGUCACACUUGUGAAGUUAAACAUCUUACUUGGCGCCUCUCUUUCUCUCUCUAUUUAAAUGUACAAAGACGCUUUAAACAUCGCUGGGCAUGGCACUGAGAUCUAGACCACACGUUUUCUUUGGGAUUUUUGCAUUUAUUCAGACUACAUUCACCAUUCAGGAAUGGCCAUCAAGCGAUAUAGGAAGGCCAGAGAGGGACUCCAAUCAAGAAAGGUCUGUUGUCAGAUGGAGAAGAUGGCUGUUUUCAUCCAGACCAAAGGAUGAGGUCAUUCAGAACGUGGAACACUAUGAAGGUCAUGGCAGAUUAAAUACGGACCGCUUUCCGGACGUUCUGGCAAGUGACAGUCAUGACAACUUAUCCAUUAAGAGAGAUAUGGAUCAUAUUUACUACACAUCCAAAUUCUACGGCCCCGCAGACAGUGCAAGCAAAGAUUUGUGGGUAAAUAUUGAGCAAAUGGACGUGAGGAUGGUUCACAGGAUUCUGUCCAAUACACAUCGACAAACUUCGAGAGUAAACCUAUCCUUUGAUUUCCCUUUCUAUGGGCAUAUCUUAAAGGAAAUACAUGUAGCUACAGGGGGUUUCAUAUACACAGGAUAUUAUAUUCACAAAAUGCUGACAGCAACUCAGUACAUUGCGCCUCUCAUGGCUAAUUUUGACCUCAGCAUCUCACAAAACUCAGCAGUGGUUUACUGUGAUAAUGGCACAUCUCUUGUGGUACAGUGGGAUCGUGUGUAUCUCCAGGAAGCUUCUCAUUUGGGUGGUUUUACCUUCCAGGCAAUUUUACACAAUGAUGGCAGAAUCACCUUUGCAUAUAAAGAGAUUCCCAUUGACAUUAGUAUGAUUAGCUCUGUCAAUCAUCCUGUGAAAGUCGGCCUCUCUGAUGCAUUCGAGGUUCUUCAUAAGAUUGAACAGCUUCCUGAUGUUAGACGGCGAACAAUAUAUGAAUACCAUCGGGUAGAGCUCCAAAAAUCCAAGAUCACCAACUCCACUGCUGUUGAAAUGCUUCCACUACCAACUUGCCUCAAGUUCUCCAGCUGUGAGAUGUGUGUUACAGCUCAGAUUGGCUUCAACUGUAGCUGGUGUAGUCGCCUACAAAGGUGUUCCAGUGGAUUUGACCAAUAUCGUCAGGACUGGGUUGACAGAGGAUGUCUACAUGAGGUGAGAUCUAUCCCGCUUUUUUUAGUUGUCCAUUUUAUAAUCACCCAUUGUUAUUUACUUUGGAUGUGUUUGAAGAUAAAGAACCAGAACUGUGGUCAACUGUUGGAUAGAAAACCCAAUAUGAGAACCAGCGCUCCAGCACUGCACACAGGGGUAUCAACAGUAUCCACGCAGAGACUUACAACGUCCACUACAACACCAACAUCAAUCACAUCGAUUUUAAGCUCAUCCUCUUCCACCAAAAUAACCAGCACAUCCUCGUCUUUCAAAAAUCUUCCUCCUGUCAUCCUCACUCAUGAUUCUCAGAUGGACAUUACAGAGAAACAGAGAGAGGAGCAGAUGCAGACUGGUUUGCUCACGGGCAUCCUGGUCACUAUGGUCCUCAUGGUGGCUGCUGUGUUGUCAACUAUAUACAUGUACUACCAUCCCACCUCCAGCGCCAGCCUGUUCUUCAUAGAGAGAAGACCAACACGAUGGCCUGCAAUGAAAUUUCGUCGAGGUUCAGGACAUCCGUCAUAUGUGGAUGUAGAGACCAUGGAACAAGACCAAGAGGGAUUUAUUGUGAUGGACCCUAGAGGCAGUUUCCUUGUAGACAGGAGAGAAAGCCUAUUUCUUACUGACCAAAGAGAACGCUUUCUCAUUAUGGACCGCUGCUAGCAUGACUCUUAAACUCCACAGCUUCAAUAUAUUCCUCUGUUAUUUAGAGGAAUUGGCCCCGAGAUGGGUGCAUCAUCAGACCAAAGUGCCGUAUAAGCAAUGCAGACAAAUUAAAUAGUUUUAUUAAUGACACCAACAAGCAGGGUUGCCAGGUUUUCACAGCAAAACCUGCCCAAUCAUGUUUUGAGGGGGUAAAAUCUGUAAUUUUGGCAAGGUUUAUCUAAAUAUCACAUUAUUGGGGUCACUUCAACCCGCGGACAUGAAAUACAGCCUCCAACCACAGUAUUAAAGUACUUGGCAACCCUGUCAACGUAUUUGGAGGGCACAGUGGUAAACCUUCCUAUUUGUCAUUGAUGGGUUUCUUUAUGUUUUAGGAAAUAGGUCAAUAUUCUUGUUAGUUAAAGGCGCUCUAAGGGAAUCUGUGUGACGUUACUUUUUGUUGAUGUUUGAACUGUUUUCAAACAAACGGGGAGCGUGGCUAACUCCUCCCCCUCCCUUCCGUGCUUUCAUGAACGUGCCCAACCCCCACCCCCAAAUCCUUCUUGUCGUUUAUUGGCUGGAACACUUUGUUUUGUUUCGUGGUGCUAGGUUUGGCCACUGUGUUUUUAUUGCAGUUUGUAGAGCCUGGGCUGUCUACAGAGAUCGCGUUUUUUUACAGUUUGAUCAGCGGACAGGCAGCAAGCAGAUAGUGAGGAGAUGUUUGCUGUAUGUAACAAAAAAUGUUUUAUUGUCUAAAACGCGUGAAUUCGCUUAGAGCACCUUUAACCAUAUUGGUCCCCCUGUUGGGUCCCCAAAGGGACAUUCCACUUUUUUAAAAAAAUAUGCUCAUUUUCCAGCUCCUGUGGAGUUAAACAUUUCAUUCUUAUUGUUUUGGAAUCCAUUCAGCUGAUCU